AUGAAGCUUCUCACUUUCAACAUGUGCGUGGAAGUCGGGAGCGUGGCGGAGCGGUUGGAGGCGCUGGGUGAGUUAGUGCGCGACAAGAGGCCAGAGUACAUAGCCCUGCAAGGAGUCACGAACGACACGCUCAAGACCAUCAAGACGAGCGGCUGGGCCGCCCGCUACCCGCACAUCACACAGCCGCCCACCAGGUUCGAGACGCGAACGAAAGCGACCGUCGCUAUCCUAUCGACCUACCCGGCCGUCAAGUCCAUCACGAUAAACUACCACGACAGCCCGGGGAAAAAGAAGGCCGUGGUGGGCUUCUUCAGCAUGUACGACAAGCAGAAGGUGGAGCAUUACAUCUGCGUAGUCUCCACCAUGCUGGAUCCCGGCCUGGACCUGUCCCUCAUACGAGAACAGGAGAUCAAUGAGCUCAUGUACGAGUUACGUGACCACGACGACUGUUUCCUACUGGCUGAUAUGGGCCUCAUCGCCGGGGUUGACGGCUCCCUGGAGCUGAGCGGUGGGUGGAAAGACGCCUGGCUAGCCUGCGGGAAAUCUCCCAAAGACGGCCACACGGUUGAUCCGGACUCAAACUCGCUCAUCAAGAGCGGCCAGCGAGACAGACCUGAUCGGAUCCUGUAUCGCACCCAGCGCUACCAGCUGGACUCCACCGAAGUGGUGGGGACUGCUAAAUUCAAGGGAACAUUCAUCAGCCCUCAUUUCGGCGUUCUUUCGGUUUUCUCCCCGCUAGACACCAUUCUCCCUGACCACCCUGUUACUGAUCUACCGUGUAGUUUCCUCAGACCAAGAAACAGUCUGCACUAG